AUGAACAACCAUAAUAAUGAGGAAAAUAGUGGAAAUGGGACUCAAGGUUCGAUGACGUUGGCGACGUUCUUAAGGGUCAAUCUGCCAAAGUUCAAGGGAACCACCAAUCGAACUGAAGCCGACACUUGGUUUCAGGCCAUAGAGCGAGCACUGCAGGUGCAGUUGGUGCCAGAAGAGCAGUGUGUCGAGUUUGCUAUUUAUCUGCUCACUGGAGAAUCAUUACAUUGGUGGCAGGGAGCCCGAUGUCUCCUGCAGCAGGGUGAUGACCCUAUCACCUGGGAUGCCUUCCAGUAUACAGACAAGUUUGAGGAGCUGUUCAGGUUUUUCCACAUGUGUCAAGGAGCUCUGGGAGACUUCGAGAAGUGGAAAUGCAUCAAGUAUGAAGGAGGGCUCCGAAGUAACAUCUACAUUUCAGUAGGGCCUAUGGAGAUCAAGACUUUCUCGGAGUUGGUAAACAAGAGCAGAGUUGCUGAAGAAUGCGUAAAGAAGGCAGUUGCAAAGAGAAGAAGCCAUAGGGGUCCAUUCCAACCGAACCGAGGGAAGAGUUUUGCUCCUAGAGAGCCGCCUUUCAAGCGGGAAGGCUUUGCUAGUGAGUUAGGAUUGAAGAUUGUGGUUUUAGGUUAUGAGCUAAAGGUGUAUAAUGCCACCCAUGAAGCCAUGGUAACUAGAAGGGUCAGAAGGGCCGGUCGUGGUGAAUGGUUGUUAUUUGAACUAUGUGGUAGUAAAUUGUUCGGGGCAGGAAUGUCAAGACAACUGAACAAGGUCACAAUAAAGAAUAAGUACCCACUGCCGAGAAUUGACGAUCUCAUGGAUCAGUUACAAGGAUCCGGGGUUUUCCCCAAGAUUGAUUUACGAUCCGGUUAUCACCAGAUAAGGGUUGACAAACGCUCCUGCAGUGUUUAUGGAUUAUAUGAACAUAAUCUUCCGUUCGUUUUUGGAUAA